UUAAUAAUUGGGGAUCCCAAACCCCAACCCCAACCCCUGUCCAACCCAAAUCAAUCCCCUCCGACCAGCCGCCGACGGCAAUGGGGGCGCCGCGCGCCGGCGACCUGGUGACCACGCAGGUCAGCCUGGGCGGUUUCGACGCCGCCGUCCGGGCGCGCGACCUCGCCGACUUCCUCGAGCUGGAGGCGGGCCCCGUCUGGCGCUGCCGCGUCAAGACCAACACCUACCCGCAGGACGCCGACCCCGACUUCCUCCUCCCCGCCGCCGCCGCCCUCGCCCCCGGCCAGGCGCAGCAGCGGCUCGUACCCGUCCCGCCGCACGCCUUCGUCCACUUCGCGCGCCCGGAGGCGGCCCGCCGCGCCGCCGACGCCGCCGGCCGCUGCGAGCUCAUCCUCUCCGGGAAGCCGCUCCGCGCCGCCUCCGCGCCCGACAGCGCGCUCCGGGCCUCCCGCCGCCGCGGCGUCGCGCCCUUCCGCUUCCCCGGGGCCCGCCUCGAGGUCGGGGACCUCCCCGCCCCCGACGCCUUCCUCGCCGCCUGGCGCUGCCCCGCCGCCGGGGGGCUCGAGUUCGCCGUCGACCCGUUCGACGGCUCCUGCCGCCUCGUCUUCGCCCGCGACACCGCAUUCGCCUUCAAGGAACUCCGCGAGGCCGCCGUCGUCAUGCGCUGCGACGUCAAGCUCGAGUUCCCCGUCCGCGACGUCGCCGAGGUCAGGGUGUUCAAGCUCGACUGCUCGCUGCUGCUCCGGCUCUCCGCCGUGCCGCUCGUCUACUACCGCACUGCGGACGACGACAUCCAUGACUCCGUGCCGUUCGACCUGCUCGACGACGACGACCCGUGGAUCCGGACCACCGACAUCACCCCCAGCGGCGCCAUCGGGCGCUGCCGCGUGUACAGGAUCGCGUUCCCGGCGCGCUUCUGGUCCAAGAUGGAGCGCGCGCUGGCCUACAUGAGGGAGAGGAGGGUGACCAUCGUGGAGUGCGGCGGUGGGUGGGGGCCCAGGAGGGGGCUCACCGUGCGCGACGAGCCCGAGUUCGGGGAGCGGAUGCAGGACCUCUUCUUCUGCGUGCAGCACGCCCAGGGGCUCAAGUUCCCGGUGCUCUUCCUGGUGAAUGCGCUGGUGCACAAGGGAGUCGUCAGCCAGCACCAGCUCACGCCUGAAUUCUACGGUCUGCUCCAGAGGAGGGAGGAUGAUGUCAAUGUGGCUGCCCUCAAGGAAUUCUGGGGGAUCAAGUUUCCCGUGUUUGAUGCGUGUCGUCGGCUCAAGAAUCUGCAGGACAGGGUUGCCAGAAACCCCAAGCUCCUUCACAGUAAGAUUGGGGAUGACCAUUCAGAGGUGAGGAGGCUGGUGAUCACGCCCACCACGGCGUAUUGCCUGCCGCCGCAAGUGGAGCGCUCUAAUCGUGUCGUUCGGCAUUAUCGUGAUGCCGCGGACAGGUUCCUGAGGGUAACUUUUAUGGAUGAGGGUAUGCAGCAACUCAACAGCAAUGUGCUGAAUUUCUCUGCUGCUCAGAUCGUCAAGGAUUUGAUGUCCAACUCGUUCCUGCAGCAUAAGACAACUGUGUACAAGCGUGUUAAGACAUUUUUGACAGAGGGUUUCCACAUGUGUGGCAGGAAGUACUCGUUUCUUGCAUUCUCAUCGAAUCAGCUGAGGGACAGAUCUGCCUGGUUCUUUGCAGAGGACAGAACGGACAGAACGAGAACAGUGGAAAGCAUUAGGAAAUGGAUGGGGCGCUUCACAAGCAAGAACGUGGCAAAGCAUACUGCUCGGAUGGGGCAGUGCUUCUCGUCGACCUAUGCAACGGUGGUGAUGCACCCACAUGAGGUCAAUGAGUGUCUUGAGGAUGUUGAACGUAAUGGGUACGUUUUCUCUGAUGGAAUCGGCAAGAUUACCCAGGAACUCGCACUGGAAGUCGCUAAGAAGCUGCAACUGACAGAUAAUCCCCCGUCUGCUUACCAGAUCAGGUAUGCAGGCUUCAAGGGUGUUAUAGCUGUCUGGGAAGGAGAAAAUGAUGGGAUACAGCUUUCACUGAGGCCAAGCAUGCACAAGUUUGAGUCUCCCCACACCGUGUUAGAGGUGGUCUCAUGGACAAAGUUUCAGCCAGGAUUCUUAAACCGUCAGAUCAUUACAUUACUGUCCUCCUUGAAUGUCCCGGAUGCUAUCUUUUCGCAAAUGCAGAAAGACAUGCUGUCUAAUCUCAACAAUAUUUUGACGGAUACUGAUGUUGCUUUUGACGUCGUAACCACCUCUUGUGCUGAUGAAGGAAACACCGCAGCACUGAUGUUGAGUGCUGGCAUUUUACCUGGAACUGAGCCGCACCUGAAAGCAUUGCUGUUGGCUAUAAGGUCCACACAGCUACUGGGUCUGUUGGAAAAAUCAAGGAUUUUUGUUCCCAAGGGAAGGUGGUUGAUGGGAUGCCUUGAUGAACUUGGGAUCCUUGAGCAAGGGCAGUGCUUUAUUCGGGCCUCAUCUCCAGUACUCAAUAAUUCUCUGGUGAAGCAUGGACCAAGAUUUUCCUCAGCAAACAACAAUGCAGAGACCAUUGUAGGUACUGUUGUAAUGGCAAAGAACCCGUGCCUUCAUCCAGGGGAUGUCCGGAUCCUUGAAGCCAUUGAUGUGCCUGCUUUGCAUCACCUUGUUGAUUGCUUGGUCUUUCCCAAGAAUGGUGAGAGGCCACACGCCAAUGAAGCAUCUGGGAGUGAUCUUGAUGGGGAUCUAUACUUUGUGACAUGGGAUGAAAAACUUAUCCCACCGGGCAAAAAAAGCUGGAACCCUAUGGACUACUCCCCAGCCGAAGCAAAACAGCUACCGCGCCAAGUAACCCAAUCUGACAUCGUUGAUUUCUUUCUGAAGAACAUGGUCAAUGAGAAACUGGGUCCGAUAAGCAAUGCUCAUGUUGUUCAUGCCGAUAUGAGCGAGUAUGGAGCAAUGGACGAGAAGUGCAUUCAGUUGGCAGAACUAGCAGCAUUUGCUGUUGACUUCCCCAAGACGGGCAAAAUCGUGUCGAUGCCGCCAGCACUUAGACCAAAACUGUACCCCGACUUCAUGGGAAAGGAUGAUGCCAUUUCCUACAAAUCAGAGAAGAUCCUCGGAAGGCUGUAUCGUUCCAUCCAAGAAGCCUCCAGCAGCGAUCUGGUCCCCGAAGAAACCUGCACGCUGAACGACCUGCCUUACGACACGGACAUGGAGGUCCCCGGCGCGGCGGAUUUCCUGUCGAGCGCGUGGCAGUGCAAGUGCUCGUACGAGGCGCAGCUGGACGCGCUGCUCAAGCAGUACGGCGUGCGCACGGAGGCGGAGCUGGUGACAGAGCACAUAUGGUCGCUCCCCAAGUACAACAGCAGGAAGCAGGGGGACAUAAAGGAGAGGCUGAAGAACGCCUACUCCGCCCUGCGCAAGGAGUACCGGGCCAUCUUCGAGAGCGUGGAGGCACCGGGCCAGGCCAAGGCUGUCACCUUGGACGACGACGAGAGGAACCGGGUGUAUGAGAUGAAGGCCUCGGCAUGGUACCAGGUGACCUACCACCCCAAAUGGGUUGAGCGAUCAAGGGAGGCGCUGUUGGAGCCCGACCGCGAGGAGGACACGCCGGCGAGGCUUAGCUUCGCAUGGAUCCCCGUGGAGCACCUGGCGCGGAUCAAGUUACGGUGCCGUGGGGGAGUGAAGGUGAACCGCCGGAGGCCCGUCGAGAGGCUCGCCGCCUACAUGUCUGGGAGCCUGUGAUGAUGCUCUUGGUGUGAAUCAGACCCCUGCAGUACGUACGUACUGAAGCAAGACCACUCUGCCCUUUGGCCAUGCCGGCCGUGUCAUGUGAUGUUGUUAUCUGGGUUAAUGUAUCCCAAGCCGAACUUGUUUGAACCCUCUUGGUAAUUAGGUACCAUAAAACUGCUCCCUGACCCUGCUAAAACUGUUGCUGAUGAGCCCUAUGUGUGUGUGUGUGUGUGUGUGUGUGAGAGAGAGAGAGAGAGGGGGGCCUGCAGCAGUGGUAUCUGAAUGAAUUUCUCGACUGUUUUGGAGUAUGUUGCAGUUUUCUGCUGGAAAAUGGUCAAAACUGAACCAAGGAACAUGGGGUAUCCACUGUUGAAGUA